GUCUGAUUUCACCAACUAAUGGAAUGAAAGAUUAAAAGAAACACCUUCCAUUUGCGUUGAAAGUUACCAACUUGUUAACUUCUAUUUAAUUCCAGACAAGUCAAUUCGAUUCAAUAAAAUGUCUACAUCUUCAACAAGUGUCAAAGGAUUACGUGUUAUAAGGCGACCAGGUAUAACGUUGGAUCAUCUGCACCAGUCGAAGGAAUGGGCUGACCUUGAAGUCCAUUUAGGUUCAAAAGUAUACCAAAUUCAUCGCAAUAUUGUUUGUACAGCAAUACCGUAUUUCAAAACCAUGAUGUCAACCAACUUAAUUGAAACACAAUCAAAUGUUAUAACAAUUAAUUAUCCGCAUAUUGAUUGUGAUGCCUUCGAAUGGCUAUUGAACUGGUCCUAUUCAAUCAGUCAACAAAUUUCUUUAAGCAACGCAAAAUCAUUGCUGGUGGCAAGUGAUUAUUUCCAAGUGAAUAGUGUCUUCCAAUUUUGCUGUGAUUAUCUCGAUGGAGUGAUUGCAGUUGAUAAUGUCUUGGAUAUAAAACAAUGGAUAGGUACAUUUAACGUCGGCAAUCUUCGUGAUAAAGUCAAUAAAUUUAUUGCUCAAAAUUUCAAUUCGAUCGUUUUGACACCCUCGUUUGUUAAUCAAACACUUGAACAAGUAACUGAAAUAAUAACUGAUAACAAUUUGAAUGUUUCUAAUGAGAUUGAUGUUUUCGAAGCAAUAAUUAGGUGGACUAAAUACAAACAUACAGAAAGAAAUCUUUGUACACCUAAACUGUUGAUCCAUUUACGGUGGUGUCAGCUGAGUUAUGAUCAAAUAAUCAAUCAAAUAAGCAAACACGAAAUCGUAACAAGCAAUGAAGAUUGUCGUCAGAUAAUUAUUGAUGUUUUAUCGUGUUUAACAUUUGAAUCCAGUUACAAUCAGCACUCCUCAACUUGGAAACAGCCAAGAUGCCAGCUUAUUAAAUCCGAUACAGAAUCAACCGAUCUGAUUGUGGCCUGUUUAGCAUCACCUUCAACCUUUGAAUUGUCUUUCCUUGAUCAUUCGACAAAUACAUUCAUCUCUUGGUUAAAAGUUAAUCAGCCGCUAAUUAGAGAGAACCACAAAGCAGCUAUACUUGGCUCUUCAUUGCUCUUGAUAGCUCGAGAUUGUAUUUCCCUUAAUCUGAUAAAUGGCAGGGUCUAUCCAUGUCCAAAAGAGUUGAGGAUUUUCGACUGGCCUGACUUAGCAUCAGGUAAUGAUUGUGUUUAUGUUUCUGGCGGUUUGAAUGGUAAGCCUUCAGAUAUUGUCUAUAAAAUUUCUCGUUUUGAUGAUGAGAGCUUUGAUAUAAUACAAUUACCUAGGCUAAAAAACUCCAGAGCAGGUCAUCGUCUCAUCAUGUGUGACAACAGUUUAUAUGUUAUCGGAGGACGAGAUGAAUCUAAUAUACUUGACUCUGUAGAAAGAUUUGACUCGGAGCAAAAUAAAUGGCAAAUUGUUACACCAAUGGUAACAGCACGAAGUGCACAUGGUGUUGCAGUCCACGGUGAUAGAAUUUUUGUUGCUGGAGGCUAUGAUGGUUCAUCGUUUUUAACUGAUGUCGAAGAAUAUAAUCCAAAAUUAGAUAAAUGGAUACCAAUGACUCCAUUAAUAGUAAAGGGAAAAAUUGUCUCUUUGAUCGCACACCAAGAAAAAUUGUUCACUUUUAUUCGGUCACCAGCCAAAUUGGUUCAAAUUUACGACUUUAUCAGCAAAACCUGGUCAGUUACUGAAGCAGAUUCUCUUACUGAUGAUUCGUUGAUUGCAGUAACACAAAUACCGUCAAAUUUUUGUCAAAAAACUGAUGAAAAAUAGCUACAGUAGUGAUCAGGUUUAAGUUAACUAUUAUACGUUUACAUUGCUUUUUUCUCAUCUCUACAAACUAAAUAUGCUCGAAAUAUGGACACUUAAAAAUUAACUUACUCUGACCCAUUUUAGUUUACUCAACCCUGAAAACUACUGAUUACUGGUAUACUAUGUCCAAUAAUUCAUCUCAUUAAAAUUACCAGUUAAUAUUUUUCCAGUAAAAUAACCAAUCAAUCAAUAACAACAAUGCCAUCUGUUUUCUUCAUUUUAAACUAAUAAGGUAUCACUACGUGAAUAGUCAAGUGUGUUGUGGUGAAAAAAGUCUGGUUUUUAAUCCGGACAACUCGAGUUCGAGUCUCCAUGUAUCUCUCUUUGACAUUUGAUAAAUAUCUGGGUUCUGGUACUCAGGAUGUUAGUGAGAGUCUUACUGUGAGACAAUAGUCUCUCUGAAAGCAUGGCACAGAUGUCCUCUGUAGUAGUCAUGUAUAAGACAAGGCUUGUGUUAAGCCACAAGUAAUACAAUAUAACAAUGUGUAUAACAAUCACUGAAAAUUUUUUGCUCCAAAAUUGAUUAAAAUCUAGUGCCUUUAG